AUGCGAUGGUUUAGAGGAGCAGUUUUGGUAGAUUCUUCACAUCACGCCCGCCCGACGACACUGUCAUAUCCCCCCCCCCCCCGCCUCCUCUUCAGACAUCUGUGGACGCUUUCUGCAGAGGAGAUGGCUGUUUUCUGGCUCUCGUUACUGCUGCAUGUGGGCUUUGUGAUCGGGUCCAAUGGCUUAUACACGGACCGGUCAGCGGUCGGAGCAUCAGCGGCAGCAGCAGGGGAGGAGGAGGUGGAAGCGAUCCCAGGCGCUCAGCUGGCGCAUCUCCGUGCGCCUGGCCUCGUUCCCGGGGAGAAAUCAGAGGAGCAUCUGCCCCGGGUGGUCACGGCUUUCCUGCACACGGGGGACUCGACCACCUUAAAGCACGCCAACUGCUCGAGAAAGUACGAGCUCACCUCUCUGCUGCGUGGAAGGUCACACGAAACCCCGCAUUACUCCAUGAGCGGCGUGUUGGAGACGGUGCUGCACGCCACCAACUUCCUUAACGUGAUCCUGCAAGCCAACAGGUCCAGGGAGCACAACCUGCGGCGAGACAUCGAGUGGUACCACGCUCUGGUGAGGAGCAUCCUGGAAGGGGACGCCAAGAUCCACCGGGCGGUGGUUUCCUUCGGCGGGGAUGCGUCGUUCGCGGGGCCCCUGGUGCUCCUCCAAGCCACCAGGGCCGGCGGGGAGAUUGUGCUCAAAGACCUAUCCCGCAUGGCGCACCGCCAUCUGCAAAACCGCACCGCAGACACGGAAUGGUACCACGGGAUGAAAGAGAAGAAGGAGCCCAGGUUCCACAGAAGGGUUAUGAGCAAGGGUGGGAGAUCGCCUGUUGGGGGGUAUCCAGAAAGAGCAGAGAGUUUCAUCCCGGACCGAACGCACGUCAAAUGGUCUGCGCCUUACCUGGAAUGUGAAAAUGGGAAUUUUGUUCCCCGUUGGCUUCUGACUUUGUCAGCUGCUUUCUAUGGCCUGAAGUCCAACCUGGAUCCUGAAUUCAGGGGCGUGGUGCGGGUGGACGUUAAUCUACAGGAUGUAGAUAUCGACCAGUGCUCCACCGACGGCUGGUUUGCUGGAACCCAUCGAUGCAACCUGACCACUAUGGAGUGUCUGCCGCUGCGUGGUCAUGGGUUUGUCCUGGACAAGUACCAAUGCCAGUGUAAAAAAGGAUUCUUCCACCCCAAUAGAGUGGCAGUCAAUGGCUUCACAAGGCCUGGAAGAAAGGGGAAAGCUGGAGAUGAUGGUCCUGGUGAAGAUGAAGGGUCCCCUGGCGACUGUCUUCCUUGCCAGCAGGGCUGUGCCUUCUGUAAAGACAACUCUCCCUGUGUGGCAUUAGAGGAUGGCGCUCUUCGCUUGGCUGUGCUCUCCCUCCAAUGUCUCUGCAUGCUGAUUGUCUUCAUCAGCAUGGUGUUCAUAUACCACUUUCGCAGGAAUAAGAGCAUCAGAGCGUCAGGUCUCGUGCUGCUGGAGGCCAUUCUCUGUGGAGCCCUCCUUCUCUACUUUCCGGUUGGGAUUCUAUACUUCCAUCCAAGUUUUUUCCGCUGCAUCCUGCUGCGUUGGGUUCGACUGCUGGGCUUCGCCACCGUCUAUGGGACGCUCACUCUUAAGCUGUACAGGGUGCUGAAGGUUUUCCUGUCCCGCACGGCCCAGAGGAUCCCCUAUAUGACCAGCUGGCGAGUGCUGCGCCUGCUGGCCAUCAUCCUGCUCAUCGUCUGCUGGUUCCUGGUGGCGUGGACAUCUGCCGUCUGUCAGAACCCAGACAGAAAGUUGGCCCUCAUUGAUGUGGGCUAUACGCCCGACGGGAGUCAGUUCGGCAUGUGCCUCCUGGAUCGCUGGGACUACAUGAUGGCCGUCGCUGAGUUCCUCUUCCUGCUAUGGGCCGUGUACCUUUGUUUUGCUGUGAGGACCGUGCCGUCGGCUUUCCAUGAGCCUCGAUACAUGGCCAUCGCUGUUCACAAUGAGCUUGUGCUGUCAGCUAUUUUCCAUGUAAUCAGGUUCACUCUUGCUCAUGAACUCCAUCCAGACUGGAUGCUGCUGCUGUUCUUCACCCAUACCCACCUGACUGUGACAGUUACUUUGGGUCUGCUGCUCGUUCCCAAGUUUCUGUUUACUGGAACCCACACGAGAGAUGAUAUAGCCUCUGAGGCCUACGAGGACGAGCUGGACAUGGGUCGUUCUGGGUCGUACCUUAACAGCAGCAUCACUUCAGCUUGGAGUGAGCACAGUUUGGACCCUGAGGACAUUAGGACACCAGAAGAAAUGGGCCAUCUCAGUUCUAUUAAUGGCUGUGGCGUAAGGUCUUGCGACAGCCUUUGGGAAAAACAUACUAACGAGGAGCUGAAGAAAUUAUACUCCCAGCUGGAGAUUUACAAAAGGAAGAAGAUGCUUGCAAAUAACCCUCAUCUACAGAAGAAGAGAAGCUCCAAGAAAGGUCUGGGUCGCUCGCUGAUGAGGCGCAUCACUGAGAUUCCUGAAUCCGUGCAUCGGCAGUGCAGCCGGGAAGACAAGGAGACAGGAGACCACGGCAGCAAUCGGAACAGCAUCUGCAUGCUGAAGAAGAACCCUUUAGAUCCAAGUCAUCAAGUAAAACCAGCUAAGGAAGAGACGUUGAAGAACAAGGUCUUCUCUCUGAAGAAGUCGCACAGCAGUUAUGACCAUGUCCGUGACCAGAAUGAGGAUGCCAACAGAGCUGCGGUGGAAAAGGUGGAAAUGGCCACAACCGAAGGGUCACUACUGGAUACACUCAUGGGCAAAAAGCUGGUCAAGAAGAAGUCCAGUGAGAAUAUAAAUGCCCCAAGUGAAUCUACAGAGUCUGUUCCGUUAGUCUGUAAGUCGGCCAGUGCCCAUAACCUUACUGCCGACAAGAAACCAAUUCAUCCCAGGGCAUCCAUGCUACAGAAGUCCCUGAGUGUCAUCGCUAGUGCCAAAGAGAAAACGUUGGGCUUGACUGGAAAGACCCAGAGCUCCGAGGACAGCAAUAAGAAGAGUCAGCCAAAGAGCAAAGACACGAGUGCAGAGACAGAGAAUGACUGUCAGCCAAAGAUGAUUAUCAGCCAGUCAGUUGAGUACAAACAAAGCACAGCUAAAGGCAGGAUCAUGAAGCAGCCAGUGACUGGCAGCCAGCCUACAAUCUGUUCUGAUCCAGUCAGGGGAAAGGACCUUUAUGAUGUCUCAGAAGUGUGUCCCUGGGAGUUAGAAGAUCUGCCAACUCCGUCUGAGAACAAGAUCCAGAAGCAUGUCUCAAUAGCACCGAAGGAGACCACAACUAUUCAUGGGGGCAGCACCAAAGGAAGCAAAUCUCAGAAGCAGAAGGCCUCUCAUCAGUCUCCAUUGAGUGCCAGGAACACAAAGGAGAAUCAGAGAACAACUGCUGUGCAAGCCGAGGUGGGUCCAUGGGAGGAAGAAGGUGAGACACAAGCCAGUCUCUCAGAAAGCUCAAGGCAACAAGUAUCUAGUCAGUCAAGGUCAAACAGGCCUCAUUCUACUUUAGAAAGCUCCAAAACAAACCGGGCAGACAUUUGUCCAUGGGACUUUGAAGAGCAGCAAAAGACCACAGAAUUAGCCCGUUCUCCAGAUACAAUAAAGCAGAAAAAGGCCACAUCUCCUGUGGAAGGUCGAGGGAGAAACCUUAUUUCAGACACACCCAAAGGGGUAGCAUCUUUGCACUUACCAACAACAAAAGCUGAAGUCUGUCCCUGGGACUAUGAAAGUGCUACAGUUUCUCCAAAUACUGACAGGACACCUAGUCCAGCACAAGCACCCAAAACUAAAGAUUCCCUCUCAAUUAAGAAAGGCACCCCCUCCACCAGGACAGCUGAGAAGGAAAGGUCAAAAGACACUGAGGAUGAAAGAAGUUUAACAAAGGGUCAGGACAAGAAUAAAUCUUCAGAUAAACGUUUGAGCCAACAGAAAUUGUCUGAGGUCUGCCCAUGGGAUGUAGAGUGUCCGCAGGAAGGGUUGCAGAUAGAAAAAAGGAAAAGUGCUAAUGUUGGAGCAGCCAAACCAAAGCAGGCUGAAGUUUGUCCAUGGGAUUUUGAGGACACGUCGAGUAAGACUGGCACUGAUAAAAGUGCUCCUGUAGAAAAGCAGAGCAAUCCAAAUUCAAAAGGUGCAGCUGCAAGUUCUGCUAAAAAGGCAGAGGUUUGUCCCUGGGACUUUGACGAGACCAAAUCAGGCAAGAAGGCAUGAUAUUGAACCUAAAUGGACCACUGAAAUUAUAGUUAUUGAUGUAUAAUCUUUCUUUUUUCACUUACAAAGAGUUAUAUAUUACCUUUUACUAUUUGUAAGGUAACUUGGAAGCAAAUUUAAUCCACAAGUUGCCUUCCUUUCUGAGGUUUUGUUCCAGUUUUACAUAUUUGAAAUAUGUACUAAACGACAAAACAAAGUCAAGAAGAGCAUUCCACAUUACUACAGGGAAAUUCCUGGAGAUAAAUUGUAGACCAAUUAUGCAACUGUUUCACUUUAUGAGCAAUGUCGGACAUCAGCCUUUGCCAUUUCUGUGUUCCUUACUUUCUGUUUGCUGUCUCCUAUGUUAUUUGACCUGGAUGUCACGACAAAGAGAAAAUAUUGUGUAUUGGUUCAUACGUAAUUUUUUCUCUUUGUUCUCACAUGGAUGAGAUUUGGGUUGAAGUAUGAAACAGGAAAAGUCAAAGCCAAAGAAUAAGGCAACCACUGCUAAGGAUGAUGUUGGUCUUCAACCUGUAUUUAAUGAUUCUUUGAUUUGUACGACAAAAACAAAUUGAAAAUCAGUCUAUAGCACUUUAGCAAACAUCGUAAAUUCAGAACUAAUGACAGAUUCUGUCUUUCAUUUUGUUCUCCUAAUUUCCAACUCAUUGCAUAUUAUGUCACGGGCAAUCAUAUAUACAGCAUUUUAGAUACAUUUAAUUGUAGUUCUCUACAGAUUAAAAAGCUUCCAAGUCUGUAGAGAUGUACUAUACGUGCCUAACUAUUAGCAUUGUUUUGUAUCAGUAUGAAGGGAAAAAAGUGGCCUCUAUGUCUGGAUUUUGUGACAAUGAUCUAUAUUAACAGCAUGCACAGCCAGGUGCCGAGUAGUUGGACUCUACUUGUCUGUCAACUGAUCAGUGCUGAUGUUUUAGCAAGCUAUUUUCCAUGCAACAGAUGUUUGUGUUCUUGCUCUUAUAACCCCUAAAAGCUAAAAAUGGCUAAAUCAGAGCAGGAUUUGCCUGAAUGUGUGUCCAAAUGGCUAUUAUGUUCUCACAGGUUAACAGGAGGGAAGGAAACAAGACAGAGGGAGGUCACUUGCACGGGUCAUUGUGGGUCAUUUCGCCCCUUCGCCAUUUCUUGGAUUUUCAGUUUUGGUCGUUUUGUACCUGGCUUUUGGUGUUGUCUGCUAUUGGCCAUUUUGUACCGACCACAUGUCAUAGUUAUGUUAUUCUUUGACCACCCACAAUUUGAUGUAAUUUUCUAUAUUUUACUCAGUCUUCAUUAAGGAAAGGUGAAUAUAUGACUUCAAUGAAUAUCCACCAGAAGGCACUUAGUUGUUUAAGUAAGACUCCUUCCAACAGGGUGAAUGUCUCUUUGGCAUGCAGAGUGAGUUACAAAUAGUCCUUAUGACAAUGCACAUAAUGAUAUUCUAAUGAUGAUAUGUUGUUCAGCCCAUAAUGAAAAGUCCAAGUGUGUUUUUGUUGACUAUCAUAUUUAGAGUCAACUGGCCCAAGCAGGAAAGUACCCAAAAUAAAUGGGGAUAUGGUUCAAUACAAAGUUUUGUAAUAAUAAUAUACAAUUCAGAUAAAUUAACAUUAGAGCUGAGCAUUUUCAGGAACGUCUGUCUUCAUAAUUUAUUAUAGUAUUUAACUACAAUGAGAAACAAGCAAACAAAGCCAUCGGCAAGAGGACGUUUAAAAAAGACCACUGUUAGUAAUACUUGGCUUGGGGACAGAUUGUACCCACUUUGAAAAUUGAUCAUUUGAAGUAGCUUUAUUUAAUAUAACCUGUGUCUGGUGUAAGGUAGAUGUUUUUGUGAUUGAAAUAAAUAACUACCAGCAGGAGGUUGGUUAGUGUAAUUCUGGUUUUUCCAGAGGCCAUAAUCUCUUAAAUUCAACAAGAGUCAACAAGGGCCAGAAUGACAACCAAUAGAAAUUGAGUGUUUUAUAUAACCAUCAGAAAAUUCAGACUCAGAAUUCAGUACUAUGAAUUGUUGAGUCAGCUUUGUUUAUACCAGCAUGGAUCUUUGAGUUGUAACAAGUGUGUGUUUGCUAAUAAAAUGUCAUAAAUUCACAGUGAAGAUGUGAAGCAGUAGCCUGGAAACCAACCUAACACUAAGUCCUGGCCUUUUAGGCAAAUUGUUCUACCUAUCAUAAACUAAGACAUAUUGCAGCUUGAGAUUUCUUGGAGUUUUGCCCAGCUGAUUUUGCUAGAUAAUCAAAUAUCAGGGUUAGAUUACUUUGAAAAAAACAAAAGAACACAUUCUAUCCAUGUCCUUUCGCCAUUAACUUGUUUAAAAAAAAGCUCCAUUUAAAAAACAGAAAUCUAUAAAUUCAAACCCAAGGAGGACCAAGCAGUUCUUAGGAAAUAUGAGGCUAGACUUUUCAGACAGUUUAUAUAAGGUAGCAGUCAUGUCUCUUUGAAGGUUGUGAUCAUAACUUGUCUGGUUGUGUCAGAACAUUUUGAGAUGAUAGAAUAGAAAUAGAAUAGAUAUAUCCCAUUGUCCCAUAGCGGGGAAAUUCAGGUUUACAAGCAGCAAAGUAUCCUUAGAUUCCUACAGUUUUAUCAAGAGAUGUAUACAGAUUAUUAUAAAAUUGUAUUAAUAUAUGCUUGUCUGGUUCUUUCUUAGAUGCAGCAACAUUUUGCAUUGAACAAAGUACAGAUAUGGCGUAAAUAAAACAUUACUGAAUUUAGGCCCCAAAUACAAUACUCUAGGUACUUUCUUCAGGCUGUAACCAGUAGGGGGCAACAGUUGUAGCUUAUGUUUUGUCUGAUGCUGUUUGCCCUUUGCUCUCAACCAUUAUCGUCUUUAGCACAACAUCUGAAGUUCACCCGAAAUGGAGUUAGCACAAAGCGAGACAAAGUAGGAAAAACUGGCCCCACAGUUGUUGAGGUUUUAGGUGCAGCUCCCAAUGGUGUCCACGCGUAAAGUAUGUCACCACGUCACCACUUUUAAAAGUCCCUGUUUGCCAAGUUUGAUGCAGAGUUUUGAAAAAUCUCCACUUUGAAAUGUUAAAAAAAAUGUCUUACCAAAAUCGCAGUUUGCAUGCAGACAACAAGUGCAAACAUAUUAGAAAACAUUGAUUUUGCAAAGUUUACAAGGUUUAUUUGUGUGAAAAGCUUUGCCUAAGUAGAGAAAAGGAUUCCAAAAUAUAUCUAAAAUAGCAGAAAAUAAUAUUGGCGACAAAUAUUUUCACUGAUAAAACGUUAAGCACCCAGAUGGAGAGGUGAAAAUUAAGGCACUCUAACGGUUCCCUGCCAGUUGAGUAUGGCCCGUCUUUGUACAUUUAUGCAAGUGGCGUUUGAGUCAAUGCUGGUUGUUCAUCUAAUGCUAGUUAUUCAGACACACAGAAGGAUGUUGCACAAAUCUUUAAAAAGUCUGGGUUCUGCGAUGCUUUGGUACACCACACCAUAACUCCUCCGUCUUGGGUUGCAAGAUUCACUGUGUGUUUCGGUGCCCUCAUGUAGCAACAAUUAAAUUAAAUAUAUGCUAUAGUAAGUAAAUGCAUGAACACCUAGGUUUAUACAAAUCUAAAAUGCGAUUCCUACCAGACUCUAUCAAGGACUCUGUCAAGGCCUUCACUGUUUAACAAAAACGCUGGGACUUAGAUGCCUUCUGGCCAUCUCUGUGCGAUUUCUGAAAGAACUGAGGUGGCAAGAUGGGGUUGAAGUCUACCUGUCACCAACAAAAAAUAGUAUAACUCUUGACCGGCUUUGGGGUUUGAGAUUAAAAUGGAGAGAUCAAGGAGAGUGGUUAUGAGAAGCUAAUAAAGUAUUUAAAGCAAAAACCACAAGGUGAUAGCUGCGGUUCACUAUUUUAUGCAUGUCAUUUCUUGCAUACAUUUGAUGGGUCACGCUGAAGUGGGUCAAAAAAGAACAGAACACCAGACUUCAGCCAAGGGUAGUUUCUUCAGUUGCUGGAAAAUAUCAUGUCAUACAUGUGUUUUAUUCUUUAGAAUUGUAGAUGUCUAAAAUACAUUUUAUCAAUAGCUUUCCGUGUUGACUCUGAAGAUUUCUACUCCAUACCUCCUCUGGUUGCAUGAUGUUGGUUUAUUUAUGAAAGUUUGCAUGUUGCGCGGUUAUGGAUGGCUGCACUGAGCGACAGUUUAGAAAGGGGCCACUUAUGUUUUGUGAAAGAGGAUACUCUUGACAAACUGAUAAAUGCUCUGGCAGCUGUUAGACAUUUCUAUUGUUCCACCCAUGGUGCCGUCGCUUACGCCUCUAGUCCUGGUUCCAGGCACGUCAGGUCCUUGCAGUUCAAAUCAUUUACAUCCCCAUCUGUGGUCCACAUCUGUACAAAAUGAUAUGAACAUCAGAACAUUUCUUCUGAGUGCUGAACUUUUUUGUUUACCAAAAUUCAUUGUCUUAACGGCUAUAAUUAUGUUUCAUAUUUUAAUACUAUUGCUUUGACAGAUCUAUACAAUGUUUACAAAGAUCGUUGGGGACCUUUUAUCGUCUGCUGGGUGCUUUAACAAAGGGAAAUUCUGAGCUCAUACACUCUUCCAGAGAGUCACAACAUUGCAUUUACUGCCAUGGGUGAUGAUGACCUGGUACCAUUGAUUGUGCUUUUAGAAGAGUUAUUGCACAUCAAUUGAUGUGUUUUUUGUAAAGAAACUAUUUUAGAAAAUAACGACAGUAAAUUAAGCAAUAUAAUAUUCGUAAUUUAAAAAAAAGAUCUUGUUACUCACAGAUAUGAGGAGAAAAUAUAAUGAGUGCAAUAUCCCAUUAUGAAAUAAAAUAUAUCACUUUCUGGCAUUACAGUGAACCCAGUUUGUUGUUUAAUUUGAAUAAUUUCUGAUUUUUGUUUAGCUUUCUGUCAGAUUUUUUCUCACUUCAGUCCAUUGAUGUGUACGUGUUAAACUCUGUGAAACAUAACCAGUCUGUUAACUGUCCGUUUCUCUGGAAAUGAUCACUGUAUUUUAUCGUCAUCAUCAACCACUCGGUGCAAGUUUGAAGCCGAGCCAUCGUUCUCGUGCCCUCUCGACAUAGACAAUGCCGUGUCUUGUAGCUUUUUGUCCACUGCUCUUUAACCACGGUGUGUUUCUGUUUGGCUAGCCGCUUUCAUUUAAACUGGACUUCUUAUCCAUGUGACUAGACAGUGUCACACUAUGGCAAGUACACCUACUAGCAAUUCUACUACUACUACUAUUCAAUGCUGUAACGUCGUAAUUCUUGCUCUUGUGGCUUCUGCAUGAAUUCAAGAACUUAGUAGGACCGAUGUUUCACUGCCCUUAAUAGAACAAAAAAGAAAAAGUUGUUAUAUUUUAUGGACUGUUACAAGUUGUAUAGUGAGUGACACUGUCCCUAACCCACUGUAUUUUGUGCUUGUUAUGACUAUUGCUCUAUGACAAGCUUAUAGCAUCAAUAUAUGGGAAUAUUUGGUAGAUUUAUAUUGUGUUAUAUUGUGUUAGCAUGUACAUAAAAGAUACCUCCUCUGCAAUAAAUAUUUAUAUAAAAAUUAAA